AUGGGGCAGGGCUGGGUGGCCAGCUCCCCCGUUAUCCUGGCCACGGCCGGCUACGACCACACGGUGCGGUUCUGGCAGGCGCACAGCGGCAUCUGCACCCGCACCGUCCAGCACCAGGACUCCCAGGUGAACGCCCUGGAGAUCACGCCGGACCGCAGCAUGAUCGCUGCCGCAGGCUACCAGCACAUCCGCAUGUAUGACCUCAACUCCAACAACCCCAACCCCGUCAUUAACUACGACGGCGUGAGCAAGAACAUCACCUCCGUGGGCUUCCACGAGGACGGGCGGUGGAUGUACACGGGCGGGGAGGACUGCAUGGCCAGGAUCUGGGACCUGAGGUCUCGUAACCUCCAGUGUCAGCGGAUUUUCCAGGUGAACGCGCCUAUUAACUGUGUCUGCCUGCACCCCAACCAGGCAGAGCUAAUUGUGGGUGAUCAGAGUGGUGCCAUUCACAUCUGGGACCUGAAGACAGACCACAACGAGCAGCUGAUUCCAGAGCCCGAAGUUUCCGUGAAUUCGGUUCACAUUGACCCCGAUGCCAGUUACAUGGCGGCUGUCAACAGCUCGGGAAAUUGCUACGUGUGGAACCUGACAGGUGGCAUCGGAGAGGAGGUGACCCAGCUGAUCCCCAAGACCAAGAUCCCAGCGCACAACCGCUACGCCCUUCAGUGCAAGUUCAGCCCCGACUCCACGCUCUUGGCCACAUGUUCUGCAGAUCAGACGUGUAAGAUCUGGAGGACUUCAAACUUCUCUUUGAUGACAGAGCUGAGCAUUAAGAGCAAUAACCCAGGUGAAACGUCUCGGGGCUGGAUGUGGGACUGCGCGUUCUCCGGGGACUCCCAGUACAUCGUCACAGCCUCCUCUGAUAACCUGGCCAGACUUUGGUGCGUGGAGACAGGAGAGAUCAAGAGGGAAUACAGCGGUCACCAGAAAGCAGUCGUCUGCCUUGCUUUCAAUGACAGCGUGUUGGGAUAAUGGUCCCGUGUGGGAAGGAAAGGACUCUGCUUGUUUUCCCUUGUCGUACAACGGCAAGCGCCCUCUCUGGAGCCCGAGACAUGCACUUGUAACCAUCCCCUGCACUGAUGGAGAGGGCUUGGUCUCUGGCAGAAGCAGCUGCAUUUGCCUGGAGUGAGACCAGGCUUCAGCUCCGAGCAGAUCAUUACCAAAACGUGCGUGGCCUCUAAGGGAGGCCGCUUGGACAAAAGGGAAUGGGAGAGAGAGGCACGAUCCCACUGAGGGGAGCUGGGU